AAUAACAGUUCCCAUAGCCCUUAAACACCAUUGUUGCCAUUGUUCUUCUUUUUCUCCUUUUUUUUCAUUUAUCUCAACGUUUAUCAUUCUAUAACUUCAAUACAAUGGGUUGAAAUCUUUAUCUUCUUCUUUAGCCAAAAACAAAGUCGCAGUCUUUUUUGUGUUCCUGUUUUUUUUUUCUUUUCAUCUGGGUUUCUUUUUAAACACACAAUGAUCACCGCAACAGACCUUUACCACGUCCUAACCGCCGUGGUACCACUCUACGUGGCCAUGAUCUUAGCGUACGGCUCCGUCAAAUGGUGGAAAAUCUUCACCCCCGACCAGUGCUCUGGCAUCAACCGCUUCGUCGCUCUCUUUGCAGUACCCCUACUCUCUUUCCAUUUCAUCUCGACCAACGAUCCUUAUUCCAUGAACUUGAAGUUCAUAGCAGCUGAUACUCUUCAGAAGAUCAUAGUGUUAGUGGUGUUAGCUAUAUGGUCGAGGACAAGUACCAGAGGCUCAUUGGAAUGGUCCAUCACUUUGUUUUCACUCUCGACGCUGCCCAAUACUUUGGUUAUGGGUAUCCCUUUGUUGAAAGGGAUGUAUGGGGAGUUUUCUGGGAGCUUGAUGGUCCAAAUAGUUGUGCUCCAAUGUAUAAUUUGGUACACUUUGAUGUUGUUUUUGUUUGAGUAUCGAGGAGCUAAGCUUUUGAUUGCCGAACAGUUUCCGGACACUGCUGGGUCUAUUAUUUCGUUUAAGGUUGAUUCCGAUAUCGUUUCGCUCGACGGGAAAGAGCCGCUACAAACCGAUGCUGAAGUCGGUGAAGAUGGAAAACUUCAUGUAACUGUCCGGAAAUCGUCGAGUUCGAAGUCAGAGAUCUUUUCUCGACGGUCUCAUGGUCCGAACUCCGGUCUCGGGUUAACCCCGAGGCCGUCAAACUUGACCAAUGCGGAGAUUUACUCGCUCCAGUCUUCGAGGAACCCGACGCCUAGAGGGUCAAGUUUCAAUCACACUGAUUUUUAUGGGAAGAACAUGAACAAUGUGAGUCCGAGGGAAUCGAGCUUUGAUGAAGAGAAUGGGGUUGGGGUGUUCGGUAAUAAUCCUGUGAGAACUAAUGGUGGAGCUUAUCCUGCUCCGACUAGUGCUGGGAUAUUCUCUCCCGUUACAAAGAAUGCGACGAAUGGAAGUGGCGGCGGCGGUGAUGGUGGGAAGGAUUUGCAUAUGUUUGUUUGGAGUUCGAGUGCUUCUCCGGUGUCGGAAGGUGGGAUUCAUGUCUUUAGAGGUGGAGAUUACGGCAAUGAUGGAUUAGCUCACCAUAAAGAAUAUGAUGAUUAUGGUAGAGAUGAUUUCACCUUCGGUAACAAGCCGGAAACGAAGGGUGUUAGCCAUGAAGGACCGGUGCUUGCCAAGCUUGGUUCGAAUUCGACAGCCGAACUCAACCCGAAGGCUGAGCCGAAGCCGACCGCAAUGCCCCCUGCUAGUGUCAUGACCAGACUCAUACUCAUCAUGGUGUGGCGUAAACUAAUCCGGAAUCCGAACACUUAUUCGAGUUUGAUCGGCCUCACCUGGUCUCUUGUUUCGUUCAAGUGGAAUAUUGAAAUGCCUGCUAUAGUUGCUCGUUCUAUAGCGAUCCUCUCCGAUGCAGGUCUCGGAAUGGCCAUGUUCAGCCUCGGUUUAUUCAUGGCACUUCAGCCGAGGAUAAUUGCAUGUGGAAAGACCAUAGCUUCCUUUUCCAUGGCAGUCCGGUUCCUAAUUGGUCCUGUGGUCAUGGCUGCUGCCUCAAUUGCUGUCGGCUUACGAGGCGUUCUUCUUCGCAUUGCUAUCGUGCAGGCAGCUCUUCCACAAGGGAUAGUACCGUUCGUCUUUGCAAAGGAGUACAAUGUUCACCCUGAUAUAUUAAGCACAGGGGUCAUAUUUGGGAUGCUGAUAGCUCUUCCUAUAACACUGGUUUACUACAUCCUACUGGGGCUAUGAAAGCUGACACAGGAAGGGAAGG